AUGGCGACCGAAUGCACGCCGCUAACCAAUACCGAUGACGUCACACCAGUAUCAGGUUCCGGGUACAUUUCGCUGUCGAAACACGAAACCGAUCACACUCCACCGUGCCUGAAACCUAGAUGUUGCGUGUACGCAGCACUGCUGUCGUUGGUAUUAAUGGCCAUUAUAGUGGGUACGUCAUACUAUGUGGACCGGAGUCGAGGCGACUCGACAGUUAUUCAACCGGCCUCGGUGGCGGACACGUUGUUGCAGCUCAGAUGGCCAUUGCAAAACGAAGCAGACGAGGGAAUAACUACUGUGACAUCAAUUAUUCGGAGGACCGUUGUUAUAAAUGCGACCGGGGACGACUUAAUAUCCGCGGUGGAGGGAGGCUACAAAAGUUUGAAAGCCAAAGAGGAUUUGGAAAAAAACUUUCCGACAAUUGAUGGCGGGACUCCAUCAUACCGUCAUCAGCAAGUGAUGAAGUCCGGCCCCGAAUCGAUAGGAAUCGCGAGGAACGGUUACGUCGAAAACAUCGCGACUGAAAAAUUGAGGCUGCUAUUAAACAUCACUAAGGACCAGGAUGUUACGAUAUUGGUGGUCAACGUGACCGUUUUCAACAACGCCGAGUGCACGAGUCCCGAACCGGUGAUUUGCCCUCUCCAGAGUCGUUAUCGGACUGUAGAAGGCAUUUGUAACAACAUCUUGGAGCCGCUCAAAGGCGCCGCUCUGAUGCCGUUCCACAGAGUGUUGCCGGCCGACUACUCAGACGGCGUGUGGAGACCGAGGAAAGCGACGGACGGUUCGGAUUUGCCGUCGGCCAAACGAGUCAGCGAGGAGGUGCACCGACCUUCGUACGAAGAAGAUCACGAUUUCACCGUCAUGCUGGCGGUUUGGGGUCAGUUUAUGGAUCACGACAUUACCGCCACCGCGCUGAGCCGAGGGCACAAUGGAAGCGCUAUUUCGUGCUGCGGAUCGGUGGGCAAAAACGUUACGCACCCCGAAUGUUUUCCAGUGAUAGUGCAUGGAGGUGAUAACAACUGCGGGAAAUGCAUGGAGUUUGUGCGGUCUUCGCCUGCGUCUACCUGCGGUUUCGGGCCCAGGGAACAGUUGAACCAAGCGAGCUCGUAUCUGGACGGAUCGUCCGUGUACGGCAAUACACGAAAACUGCAAAACGACCUGAGAUCGUGGACCGGAGGACGAAUGAAGGUGUUCGUAACCGAGCACGGAAAACAGUUGCUGCCGCCCAACAAAGAUCCGCUGGACGGGUGCAACGAAGAAUCGGAAAUGAAAAAAGGCCGUUACUGCUUUUUGUCCGGAGACGCCAGAUCGAAUGAAAACAUGCACCUGACAACUCUCCAUUUGAUCAUGGUGCGGCAGCACAACAUGAUUGCCGGUAGAUUGUCGUCACUAAAUCCCCACUGGGACGACGAACACAUCUUUCAAGAAACCAGACACAUAGUCACUGCUCAGAUUCAACACAUCACGUACAAUGAAUUUCUACCAGUAUUGCUUGGUGACAAUCUCAUGAAGCGCCUAGACUUAUACUCUCGAAAAACUGGUCAUUGGAACGGAUACAAUUCUACAGUGGACCCGACCAUCAGCAACAACUUUGCCACCGCGGCCUUCCGUUUCGCCCACACACUCAUACCGAGCAUGAUGAAAUUCCUUAGAGACAACAACAGCGAUCCUGAAUUUGUCGAAAUGAGGAAAAUGCUGUUCAACCCUUACAGACUGUACACAUGCGGCGGCGUGGAUAGUGUCAUUCGAGGAGCGAUGAACACGAGCGCCGGGAAAUCUGACGCAUUUUUCACACCUGAAGUCACCAGACAUCUUUUCGAGAAGAACCACGGGUCGAGGCGCACAAGAGGACAGUGCGGAUUGGACUUGGUCGCACUGAACAUACAGAGGGGCCGAGAUCACGGACUUCCGGCUUACCCGCGGUGGCGGGAAACGUGCGGGUUUCCGAGGCCACGGAGUUUCAGCGAUCUGGAAGGACACGUAGAACCGGAAACGCUGCAAAGGAUAUCGAAACUGUACAAGUCGAUCGACGAUUUGGACCUGUACACCGGGCUGCUUUCAGAAAAGCCGCUGGAAGGAAGCAUCUUGGGGCCGACGAUCACUUGCCUGUUGGCCGAUCAAUUCCUGAGGGUGAAAUCGGGUGAUCGUUAUUGGUACGAGACGGACGAGAAACCUCAAGCAUUCAACGAGGAUCAGCUGUCAGAGAUCCGGAAAACCACGUUUGCGGCAAUAAUCUGCGACAAUUCCGACGAAAUCGAAUCCGUUCAGCUGCACGUGAUGCACAGCGCCCGGAAAGUCGGCAACGCCAGAGUCGGUUGCGACAGUCUGAUAAAAACGUCUCUCGACCCGUGGAAAGAAGAGUUGGCCGCCCCUCAGGACCCUAGCGCCACCCCCCCACAGGUCGACCUGACCACGGCCGCUGCUCAGGACUCCACCACCGCCGCCGCCGAAGUCACGACCAGCAAUAACAACGGAUCGCAGUCGGCCGAAGUCCUGCAACCGGCCACGAUUGUUGGCACGGCCAAUCGAUGA